GUGCGCACUUCACUCCAAUCUGGCUGCGGUGUAUUUGCAGGAGGUGCCGCCAAGAUGGACUGAAGCCAAAGCUGCUUCAGACAUUGCGCUGACAAUAAAUCCCGAACAUGUCAAGGCUAGAUUCAGGCGUGCGCAAGCAAUUCUUCAGGACAACAGAGAAGGACUGCCUGAGCAGGCUCUCCGAGAAGCCUUGACUGAUUUGGAGGCUGCACAAAAGACUGAGCCUAGCAACCUGCAAAUCAAAGAUGAGGUGCUGCGAGUUUCGCGCCGAAUUCAACGUUUGGACAGCCAGCGGACUUUGCCACCAGCCAAGGAGAUCGUGAAAAAAUACAUUGCUGCAUCUUUGCUUGAUCGCGGUGGUGACUGUCUUGAUUCUUUGGGUUACGUGUGGGGUCAAAAUGAAUCUUUCGUUCAUAUCUUUGUACCUGCUCAAGGGCAAAGUGAGCAACUCAGACUGUCCAAGAACACGCAAGUCCAAUGCGAGAUGCAAAGCCAAAAGCUAUCACUCAAGCUUCUUGGUACUGAUGGCCAAGUAAGGUUGAAUAUAGAUGCCAGCUUGCACAAGUCAGUCCAGCCGGACGAGAGUUCCUGGCAACUUGAGGAAGGCGGGUUGUUCUUGCAUGUCGAGCUCGCCAAGCGCGAUUCGGACGACGAACAUUGGGACAGGGUUUGGAAAGGGCAUCCGGCCACAAGGGCGCCAACUGCCAAGGAGCAAAAGAGUUUGCGCGAGAUGGCUCGAUCUGCUUGCCAAGCCGAAGCAGAGGAGGAGAAGCCACAAAUAGAUGAAGCCAAAUUACAAAGAUGGAAAGAUGC